GAGGAUGCGCUCCCAGGCGCCGAGCGGCAGAGGCCACCGCUCUCAGAAAUGCGUGCACCGGCUCCCUUUUUCCCGGACCCGAAGAGCCGGCGCCCCCGCCCUGUAGGGUGAUGACUCAUUGAUGAAAAAGGAAUUUUUCAAAUAUUUUGCACUUUUGAUUGCAUAUUAUGGAUUCCAAGGAAGAGAAGAAGGAACGGAAACAAAGUUAUUUUGCUCGAUUGAAAAAGAAAAAGCAAGCCAAACAAAAUGCAGAGACAGCCUCAGCUAUGGCUACAAGGAUUCAUUCUGGAAAAGAAGAUUCUAGUACAGUCAUUUUAGAACAAGACAUGUGCAACAUUGCUGUGGAAGAGGAAUAUAUUACUGAUGAGAAGAAAAAGAGAAAAAGUAAUCAGUUAAAGGAGAUCAGGCGUACAGAACUAAAAAGAUAUUAUAGUAUUGAUGACAAUCAAAACAAAACACAUGAUAAAAAAGAAAAGAAGAUGGUGGUUCAGAAGCCCCAGGGUACUAUGGAAUACACUGCUGGAAGCCAGGACACCCUAAACUCCAUAGCACUGAAAUUUAACAUCACUCCCAAUAAACUAGUGGAACUGAAUAAGCUUUUCACACAUACUAUUGUUCCAGGCCAGGUUCUUUUUGUGCCAGAUGCCAACUUUCCUUCCAGUACCUUAAGGUUAUCAUCAUCCAGUCCUGGUGCUACUGUCUCUCCUUCAUCAUCAGAUGCAGAAUAUGAUAAACUGCCUGAUGCUGACUUAGCAAGAAAGGCCUUAAAACCCAUUGAGAGAGUCUUAUCAUCCACUUCUGAAGAGGACGAGCCAGGCGUGGUAAAAUUUUUAAAAAUGAAUUGUCGUUACUUCACCGAUGGAAAGGGUGUGGUCGGAGGUGUCAUGAUCGUUACUCCUAACAAUAUCAUGUUUGACCCUCAUAAGUCCGAUCCCCUGGUCAUUGAAAAUGGGUGUGAGGAGUACGGCCUCAUUUGCCCCAUGGAAGAGGUUGUUUCCAUCGCGCUCUACAAUGACAUCUCCCACAUGAAGAUCAAAGAUGCCUUGCCAUCGCCUGGAGAAUGGGAAGACCUGGCUUCAGAAAAGGAUAUCAACCCAUUCAGUAAGUUUAAAUCUCUCAACAAAGAAAAACGGCAGCAGAAUGGAGAGAGAACCAUCACUUCAGAUUCCAAAUCAACAAGACCUUUGGAGAAGUCAACAGAAUACACAGAAAAGAAACCCUCAGACAGCUCUGUGUCAGACAAGUUAAAGAAACUGGAAUUCUCUGCAGAGGCAAUCAAACGGUCUGCCGCAGUAGCUAAAGUCAGCAAGGAACUUUCUGACACUCAGGCUGCGUUUGAAUCUAUAGCCAAAGAAAAUUCUCUCUUAGGAGAGGAAGAUGACUUCGUUGACUUGGAAGAACUUUCUUCUCAAAAUGAUAGUGGAAUGGACAAAAGAGACACCUCAAAGGAGUGCCUUUCUCUUGACCCAGCGGAGCUAAGGAAGACUAAAUCACAAAUAAUCAGUUCUACUACGGAAAUGCAGGUGCAGUCAGCCCUGAACUUUACAGAAACAGAGUGUGAUGCUGAAUUGAAGGGGACCCUAGAUUUAGAAACCUGUGAGAAGCAAGAUAUAAUGCCAGAGGUGGACAAGCAGUCUGGUUCCCCAGAAAGCCAGGUGGAAAACACAUUGAACAUACAUGAAGAUCUAGAUAAAGUUAAACUCAUUGAAUAUUACCUUAAUAAGAACAAAGAAGGGUCACAGUUACCUGAUAACUUGCAGAAGGCAGAAUUAAGUGAUGACAAAAGUAUUGAGCCAGUGGGAAUAGACAUCACUCUUAGUAGUUCUCUUCCCCAGGCAGGUGAUCCCCCAAUUGAGGGCAAUGAACAGCCAGAUAAAACCUGGGUGAAAGAGAGAGCACCCCUUCCAUUGCAACUAGGCUCUUCUACAGAAGAAAAUAUGAAUAAAGUGUAUCCAGACUCCUCUUUGGAAUCUACUCUGGACAACAGCUGCCAAGGUGCACAAAUGGAUAAUAAAUCUGAAAUUCAGUUAUGGCUAUUAAAGAGAAUUCAGGUACCCAUUGAAGAUAUACUUCCUUCAAAAGAAGAGAAAAGCAAGACUCCACCCAUGUUUCUGUGCAUUAAAGUGGGAAAACCAAUGAGAAAGUCCUUUGCCACUCACACUGCAGCCAUGGUCCAGCAGUAUGGCAAACGAAGAAAGCAACCAGAGUACUGGUUUGCUGUCCCUCGGGAGAGGGUGGAUCACUUGUACACGUUCUUUGUUCAGUGGUCUCCUGAUGUCUAUGGGAAAGAUGCCAAAGAGCAAGGCUUUGUGGUGGUGGAAAAAGAAGAACUGAAUAUGAUUGACAACUUCUUCAGUGAGCCGACCACCAAGAGCUGGGAGAUCAUCACCGUUGAGGAGGCAAAACGCAGGAAGAGCACAUGUAGCUACUAUGAAGAUGAGGAUGAGGCCGCCCUGCCGAUCCUGCAGCCCCGCAGUGCGCUUCUGGAGAACAUGCACAUCGAGCAGCUGGCCCGACACCUUCCAGCAAGGGUACAGGGGUAUCCAUGGAGUCUCGUAUACAGCACAUUAGAGCAUGGCACCAGCUUGAAAACCCUCUACCGGAAGUCAGCAUCACUAGACAGUCCUGUCCUAUUGGUCAUCAAAGAUAUGGAUAAUCAGAUUUUUGGAGCAUACGCAACUCAUCCUUUCAAGUUCAGUGAUCACUAUUAUGGCACAGGCGAAACUUUUCUCUACACGUUUAGCCCUAACUUCAAGGUCUUUAAGUGGAGUGGAGAAAACUCAUACUUUAUCAAUGGAGACAUAAGUUCUUUGGAACUUGGUGGUGGAGGGGGACGAUUUGGUUUAUGGCUAGAUGCUGAUUUAUACCAUGGACGAAGCAACUCCUGCAGCACUUUUAAUAAUGAUAUUCUUUCCAAAAAGGAAGACUUCAUAGUUCAGGAUCUCGAGGUAUGGACAUUCGAGUGAAAUUCAGACUGCCUUAAAAUACGACAUUAAAAAGACUGGGUUCAAUCAGCCCUGCUAAAGCUGGCUGGAAGAGCGAGCCUCAGCCCAGACUGCCUCAUCCCAUCAUAGUGCUUUCUUUCUGCCUUCAUCUCAGCGUGUGAUCACAUUGCAGAGAGAUUCUGAAAGGUACAUGUGGAAGGCAGAC